AUGAAAAAAUUACUUUUCCUUACACUUAUUUUAAUUUCAAUUUCACGAGCUGCUUUACCUUGUAAUAGUAGCUGCUAAUGUGACCCUGGAUCUAAUGUUUGCUUGAGAUGUGAACUUGAUUUUAUUGGAAGCUAAAUAGAUUAGUAUUAGAGAUCGUGUCCUUGUCCUGAAAACUACUAUAGGACUCCCUAUGUUGAUUGUGAGUACAUAUAUACUGAUAGUUAAUACAGUCCAGGAUGUGCUGAAAACUGUAGAGACUAUGCUACUCUAGAAGAAGCUAAGGUAGCAUGCAAUCUUGAUCCUUCUUGCUAAGCUAUUACAUGGAGUUUUGCUGGUGUUGGAGGAUCAGCUUCUACCAAUCCUAUUGGUAAUGGCCACGGAUAUUAACUCAGAGCUUCAAAUUUUGGUGCUCUUUUUUUACCUAACAAAGAGAAUACCUGGGUUAAAGGAAGUUGCCCUGCAAAUAAUAAUGUCAAUGCUAAUUAUGACGGUCAAUGUGAUUUUUAAGGGUAAUAAGGUGCUACUCUAAAUGGAUGCGUUUAAGAUUGUAAGGAUUUCGCUACUUUACAGGAUGCUGAAAAUGCAUGUAGAGCUGAUCCUAACUGUGGUGGAGUCACAUUUAGCAGAGCAGAGCUCGGUGGUUCUGCUUCUACAAAUGCUUAUAAUGGUGUUUACGGUUUCUAGUUAAGAGCUGGAAGACAUUUUGACUACUCUUAAAACGGUGAAAAUUCUUGGAAAAAGCAAAUUUGCAAUGGCUGCUCAUACGGUUAUGCUAAUGGUGAGUAUAGUGGAGGAUGUGUUUAGGGUUGCUAGGAUUUUGCAACUCUAGACGAAGCUAAAGUAGCAUGUAAUGCUGAUCCCUCUUGCAAAGCCGUUACUUGGAGUUUUGCAGCUGUAGGAGGACCAAAUGCAUCAAAUGCAAGUGGAAAUGGUCAUGGCUACUAACUAAGAGCAUCUAGUUCAGGCUCUAUAUUCAAACCUAACUAAGAAAAUAGUUGGAUAAAAGAUUAGUGUCCUGAUCCUCAGCUUCCAGAUAAUCCUUGUGAUUUUGAGGCUUAUUAAGGUUCACAAAUUCUAGGAUGUGACUAGAACUGCAUAGAUUUCUCAAAUUUGAAUGAUGCUCUUAAUGCUUGUAGAGCAGAUCCAAAUUGUGGUGGAGUAACUUUCAGUAGAAGCUCUUUAGGAGGUUCAGCUUCUACAAAUGCCUACGAUGGUGUAUGGGGUUACUAGCUUAGAUCUGGAAAUGUACUAGUUUAAUCUUAGAAUGGUGAAAACUCUUGGUUAAAGGUAAACUGUCCUUAUAAUUUCUUUAAUUGUGCUCAUCUCUUAACUGGAGCAAGCUAGUUAGAUGCAUGCUAAAUAAGUAUAGCUGAGUAAAUGUCAGCAAUUAUAGUAGACACACUCUGUUAUUUUGAUACAGAAAAUGACCAAUCUUUUGUGAAUUCAAUCGUGACUUUAGAUCUGACAUAAACAGUACUACCAGUAUGUUGCUAUCCUGAAAUUAUUACAAAAGUUUAAUAUGAAAACCCUAAUACUUCAAUCUAUGAAGACCUGCCCAGCUAAUACGUUACAGCCGGAGCUAAUGGAUAAUAAUCGAUAAAAAUUCCUUUAAUCGAUAUCUAUAACUUAGCUUAUUCAACAACAGUGGGACCAAGUUAAAUUUCUCAGGUUGUAUAUUUGUAAAUAUUGAUUGGAACUUCACUAUCAUUUGACAGAAUUCAUAAAUGGUGCCUCUACGUCUAUACUGAAAGAAAUGAAACUCAUACAUUCUAGAUAGAUGUUGACAAACAGACUACUUAAAAUUGUACUGUAGGUAAUUGCGUCAUCAUAGCAGAUUUAAGCGUUACAGGAUAAAUAUAUACUGAUAACACAUACACAACUAUCUAAGACCCUAGUCAUUCUUACGUGAUUGGUGACAUUUUUUAUGCCAAAAUUUCUUUCUUGGAUCCAACUUAUACAAAAAAGCUUGAUUUUGUGUCUUUGUAUCUAAAAGAUGCAAGGAAUAUAGUAUAUGACUAUACUUCCCUUACUACUGCAAAUUGGGAUGGAACUGGUUUAAGGAUAGCUUUGUAGUUAAUUGAUCCCUCUCUAGAAGAUGUCAUAUAAAUUAAUAUGGUUAUUGAUGCUUCAAGGUUUAGGUUUUUAUCAGGAACUGAUUAGAGUUCUGCAAAUUAAAACUAGGUAUCAAGAUAAUUUACUGUAUAAGUAUUAAGCUAACCAUAGACUACUCCUAAAGACUAAACUACAACUCAAAAAGCAUUUUCUUCAAUAUUUGUUCUAGCAUCAUGCUUAAUUUACUUUAUUUUGCUAUUUUGA